AUGAGCAAGCAAAUCUGUCUUGAGUCCUCCGGGCCAGUAGGGGGCGUAGAGCAUAGCAAAGCGGGCUUGGUCGGCAGCGGGCUCGGCCUGGCAGUCAUGAUCACGGCCGAAGAGGCCGCUUCGGAUCUCGGAACCUUGGGCCCAGUGACUCUGGCUUGGCCCUGGAAAGGUGCCCCGGUCCACGCGCUGGUACAGCGGAUCCACCAGCUCCAAGCUGAGCGCGCGCAGGCUUUCCGCCGGCUGGAGGAAGCCCACCGCCAGUACGUGCUCAGCGGCCCGCACUAUGACUUCCUGCGCUACCGGGACUCGGUGCACGAGGUGACCCAGGCCUUCGCCGCCGCCUCGCGGGAGGUCCUGGCUCUGGAAGCCGAGCUGGCUGGGCCCUGCGCGCAGCCGCUGCUUGCGGGCCACGUGCGCGCCCUGCAAAAGCUGGAGCAGACUCGUCUGGCCACGGUGGCCCUGCUGCAGCUAAUGGGGGCACCGGAGCUGAGGGAGCAGGAGGAUGUUUCCCAGAUGCACCAACUAAAGAUGAAGGUAAUUAAAACCAUGGAGGCAAUCAGCGAGGUUCUCCAGGACAUCAGGUUUGAUGCGGAGUCUGUGGAGUGA